UUUAACCCUACAAAUUGUAAAAGAAAAAAAGAAAAACACUGAGAUCUCUAUUUAGCACGGAGCAGAAGCGCCAUGGCUUCGUGCUGUUCAUUGAGCUUCUCAACAGUCUCUUCAAAGCCUAACAAGCCUUACUCAUCACCAAUUUCUUCUUCUCUUGAGCUCCCCUUUACUUCCCAGUUGCCAUUUUCUAAAAAAUAUUCACUUUAUUCCAAUCAUACCCUUCUCCAAACUCAAUGCCGGAAAACCCAAUCACCGGAUUGUCCCAGUUUCUUGGUUGUGGGAUCUGCGAAAAAGCAAGAACCUUUGAGGGUAAUGAUAUCGGGAGCUCCUGCUUCUGGUAAAGGAACGCAAUGCGAGCUCAUUACCAAGAAGUACGAUUUGGUGCAUAUUGCUGCUGGAGAUUUAUUGAGGGCUGAAAUUGCUGCAGGCACUGAAAAUGGGAGGAGAGCAAAGGAGUAUAUGGAUAAAGGACAAUUGGUACCAAACGAGAUAGUUGUAACGAUGGUCAAAGAGCGGUUGAUGUGUCCAGACUCUCAAGAAAAGGGUUGGCUUUUAGAUGGAUAUCCUCGGAGCUUGUCUCAAGCAGUAGCUCUCAAAGAGUUCCAGCCAAACCUUUUCAUUCUUCUGGAAGUACCUGAAGAGAUACUUGUUGAGAGAGUGGUUGGCCGUAGACUAGAUCCUGUAACUGGGAGAAUAUACCAUUUGAAGUAUUCUCCGCCAGAGACCGAUGAAAUCGCUGCAAGGCUUACCCAGCGCUUUGAUGAUACAGAAGAAAAGGUGAAGCUGCGUCUGCACACUCACCGUCAAAAUGUGGAAUCAGUUCUCUCAAUGUACAAAGAUACUAUAUUCCAGGUGGACGGGAGCGUUUCCAAAGAGGAAGUAUUUGCUCAAAUUGAUGGUGCAUUAACUCAACUUCUUGAAGCAAAGGAGUGAAGAUUUGGAACCGUAAUGUCAUAGAGAUCAGGAAAAAUCUGCAGAAUGUACCAUGUAAUACUCAGGAGGAUCAUCGAAGACAAAAGAGUAACAUUGUUGGUUGCUAUCCCUCUUAUACAAAUGUAUGAAAUGUUUAUGUAUAUCGUAUUUGCUUCCAACUAUCUAUGUGGAUAUUCAUUGAAUCAGAUUCAAAGUUUACUACAAAACUUGUUUUGUUGUAAGGCCCAGCUCGCUAGUGAUAUUGUUAGCUUCGAGUUUACACCUAUCCGGCUUUAAGACGUCAUUAGGGUGUAAGACCUGCUUAUUUAUGUACUCAACAUAUCUCAUGUAUUUUUGCCUA